GCCGCCGAUACCUUGUAGGUAACCAGGCACCUUACCUACUACAGAUGCUCGCUGAAUGACAUUACAUUGCAUUGCCUUGAUUUACUCCCCUAUCGCUCACUUUUCGGAGCUGGACCACAAAAAUCUCCUUUUCUUCGUCUCUUGCCCACCUUCCAAGUUCAGCAAAGACCCGUCGGGCGACUAUUCUCUCCCUGUGGAUAUAUUAAUACCGACCUCUGUCACACCGGCUACAAUCUAUCACAUCAGGUCUCCAGCAUUGAUUCAAUUCGAAGCGAAUUUUCUCUUCCCUCAGACAGACGCACACACACAGCAAAGAUGUCUAUCUCCUCCAUCAAAGGCUUGCUAUCCAGCUAUUCCCCCGUCUCCGAAUUCUCCCCAGAGCAUGACCUGGAAAAAGAAUAUCCUCUCUCCCUGCGACACGAGAGCGAUAGCGAGUCCACAGCCGGCUCAAGCAGCUCAGUAUGUCGGGAAGGAGCGGAGAAGAAAGAGUCCAAACUCAUCGACGGACGCAUCGUCUCCGACGCCAUUAUCGGUCUCUCCGACGGCAUGACGGUGCCAUUCGCCCUCACCGCCGGUUUAUCAGCGCUGGGUGACACUAAGGUGGUCGUUUUUGGAGGCAUGGCCGAGCUCAUUGCAGGCGCUAUCUCCAUGGGGCUGGGCGGUUACUUGGGUGCAAAGAGUGAGGAGGAGUCUUAUCGCGCAACAUUGAAAGAGACCAAAAAAGAAAUCCAGAAUGACCCCGCCUCAGUGACUGACACCAUUGCCGAUGUCUUUGCGCCUUAUGAUCUCCCUUCCGAAUUGGUGGGGGAGCUCACGCGACACCUCUCCACCUCCCCCAUGCUCCCUUCCUUUCUCAUGAAUUUCCAUCAUACCGUCCAGGAGCCGUCGGGGUCGCGGGCCUGGGUGUGUGCCCUAACCAUUGCCUUGGGGUACUUCAUCGGUGGGUUUGUGCCGCUCCUCCCGUACUUCUUUGUCGGACCCCAUGGCGCCUUCUAUGCCCUGCAGUGGUCGAUCGCCACGAUGGUGGUCGCUUUGUUCCUGUUCGGAUACGGCAAGACGUGCUUUGUGAGUGGGUGGAAGGGAUCCAGGAACAUUCGGCGAGGACUUAUCGGAGGCUUGCAGAUGGUUCUGGUCGGAGGAGUUGCGGCCGGGUCAGCGAUGGGACUGGUGAAGGGGUUCCAGAUGCUGGCAGACGCUCAUCAGGGACAACAUGAUCACCAUUGAUUCCUCUCUCUUUCUGUUGGCGUUAUACUUCUGUCUUUUUUUUCUUGGGCGUUCAAGCGGGCUACAAAAUGGGCGAUUUCAACAUGCAUUGGAUGAUACCGGGCUAUGGCUGACUGACUGUAGAUUCCAUAGAUGGGUUAUGGCAUUGGUCAGCAUGGAUUUUGAGAGUAGAAUGAGUACACCGAGUACAUAGCUCUUGUGAUUAGAAUGAACAAAUAAAGGAGUUUGACAACUCUGGUCACAU